GGUGUCUCAUGCAAUAGAUGGAACCCGCGAUUGCAUCGACUGUCAACGGUGGAGAGACAUGCGCCAUGGAGACGGAGGGCAUUCUGAAGGGUUUUGCAGAUGGUAGUAAGGAAGGGAAUUCGGUAGGAGGGAACAGCGCAGACUGUGCAGAGGUGCUUGUGACAAUAUGUGCACAGACUGCAGAGAUGAUGGGUGAUAGUGAUGAAACAGAGAAUGAUGCAGGAGGGAGCACUUGUAAGACGGAAACGGCCGGGGAAGAGAGAGAGGAGGGAGGUCUGGGAAGCAGGGAAUCUCUGACAGGGUGUAUUGUGAAAGAUGAAAAUGUGGUGAAGACAUCAGCAGGAGAAGAGUACCCAUAUGACAUCAAUUGGGUGCGGGGUCGUGUUCAACCGGGUAUGGUUGGAGGAGCACCCUGCUUUGCGUUCAAAGUCGAAGGGACAUGGGUUCCAUUUCCUGCCCCCAAAAAGAAUACAUGGCGAAACGUGACUCUGGCAAUCGUGUUUGACAGACUGUUAAGGUUGAACGAUGGGGCAACAACAGAGGUGAAAGCACGAUAUGCAAUGGACGUGUGGCGUGUUCUGGAGGCGCAGGGUGAGUUCAGGCUGAAUGAUUUUUUGUACGACAGUUUUGAUUGCAGAAAGGCAUGGGUGAUUGGCGGGAACGACCCAACAGGGAGUACGGCGUGCCACGAGAGCGAUGCGAGGAGGGAUUCUAGGUGGGGUUGGGUGUCAUGUGUGAUCCCGAUUCCAUGUGGCCGUGUGAGGAUGAUGAUGCGUGAUGCCAUGGGAAAUGUCUGGAGCACGCAUUAUGUGAAUGGCAACUUCUUCUUCAGGCACCUCGACAGGGAGGUCUCAGAAGACGAGAAGAAGGCAAUGGCAUGUAAUACCCACACUGCUGGCUGCUUUUUCCCGCCGCUUCGGAACCCUGUGGACUCGGAGGUGGUUGAAGGAAAAGUUUUUACUGGUGAGGAUGACAGCACAUACACGCAUGCAAGAGGGCAGGAAGCCACGUACGAUGAAGUAUGCUCGCAGAUAUGGGACCAUGUCACAAUGAGGAGUGACGUUCUGUCUGCCAUGGACAUUGGGGCCCGUGUAAUCCCUGAAGGACAGUUGCAGCAACAUAUGGCCCCUGAAAAGUAUGGGUAUCAUGUCAAUUGGGUCCCAGGAUGUUUGCAUCCUGCAGUGGUGGAUGGCAAGGUGACGAUGGCAGCAAGACUACAAUUAGGGCAUUGGCUCCCAUUGGGAUGGAUGCAUGCAGGCAUUGUGGAGCAUUGGCAGUUCCUCGUGGUUCUGACACUUGUCUCAAUUUUCAAUGUGAAUGUAAAGGACCACGUCCUGGUGAUUGAACACGCAAAGCGGUGCUGGGAAAAGAUAAGGGAGGAGGAGCGUCAGAUGGUGUGCGCGGGUUAUGACUCCAUGGCUGACCAGGGGAUGUGGUCCAUGGUUGAGGGGAGUUGCACGGCCCAAGAGCACGGUGACGGUCAGAACAGAUACAUGGCUCGCAUUCGCCGCAGGCACGGUUGCACGACCGCUGUUGGUUGGGUCUCGGUCGUAUGUCCCAUGACAUAUAAGCAUGGUGGAGACGUCACCAUGAGAUUCAGAGACCCGCUUGGUGUGCCUUUCCAUCUGACCUACUCAGAUGGACUCCUGCAAGACAUUCGGUAUAUGCCGGAGGAUGGCUUGCCAGCACAGGGUGACAUGGGCGGGCCGAGCGAUGUCGCGAUGUCGCAGAGCCCGGGGAAGAAGAAGAAGUGCACGUCGGGACCGCCACGUGGGCAGACGCCCGCAGGCAGAAAGAAGGUGAACCCGAAGGAAGUGCCAGGGACCGGAGACACCGAAGGUGCACGAACUCAAAUCCCCAGACGCCGUCGACGCCCCGGGAUGGCAACUUUGUCGGAAAUCAGAAAGUUGCCACGAUCCACCGACCUUUGCUUGACUUUCAGGCCGUUCUUGGGUCUCGUGCGUGAGGUUGUGGAGCGGGACAUUGCUCCGGGUAUGGGCAUGAGGUUUCAGAUGACGGCAGUGCGUGCUUUGAUGGAGGCUGCCGAGGCGUACUUGGUCGCCAAUUUCGAGAACACCAACGAGGUGACCAUCCAUUCGAAGAGGGUGACGAUCCAGAUCAGGGACAUGAGAUUGGUGGAUAGGUUGUUGAAGCCUCGCUGGGUUGAGAAAUAUCAAGAUGUUCCUGUCAUUGUCGCAGAUGGUGUGGAAUAUAUUCUGCUGGUUGAACUUGUGGACUUUAUGAAAAAGAGUGACGACAACAGGAACAUCAUCCAUGAGGCGUUGCACGAAGUGACAGAGUUUGCACUGCAGGGUCAAGAUCUGAUAGAAUUUGUGCCAGCAAUAACAGAAGACAAAAUCAUAUCUGGUAGACUGUUGUGGGGGGAGUUGUUAUCAGCUGCUUUGGAGCGACUCGGUCUUGCAAGCUGCGAUGUUGAGAGACAAAGAGAAAGAGAAGAAGGGUGGAAGGUGAUGGCCACGGAAACAAAUUUAGCAAUCAUUCCAGACAACGGACAGACAUCAGCAGCACAAAAAUCAAUAACCAGUAUGACAGUCGAUGUGCCUCCCAUGCAGUCAACAACAAGAGAGAAGCUAGUGUGUUGCGAUAUCUUCAAUGCUUUCACAAUGGAGAAAGAACAGUGUGAUCGUGGAUUUGAAGAGACCGAUUUGGCAAGUUGUUGUGCAGAGUACACAGACAGUGCAGAAGAAGAAGAUGAAGAAGAGGAUGAGGGGGCAUCAUCUUCUGACGUGGAAGUGAGCGGCAGCGAUGUCAGCAGCGACGAGGAAGACGAGGAACAUGAUGUAUACUAUGAUUUGAAGGUUGUGGGUGAACAAGUGACAAAAGGGUGGGCACAUGCAAUUCUGAGGUUGGCACGUGCUUUUUCCGAUCCGCACAAAGUGUUGCGUGUUGUGAUGAAGGGAGCAACACCAGAUGGUGCACUACAGUAUGCCGCAGUGACCAGCAUAAUGAAAUCAUGCAACAAGGGGGAAAAGUGGUCACGUGUUGGCAAGGGAUGGUUUGUUCUGGUCAAUAGAGAGGUUGUGCUAGCAACGUCACUGACAUGGGGAGUCAACCUGAGGUGCCUCAUACACGGCGCAAUGGCGACAGCUUGGGGAGAGACAUUACACCCCGGCUUGUCAACAGCAGACACAAUAAAGAGGAACACGACCAGUCCAUAUCAGAAAAGUCUGACGGGGAGUAGAACGAGGCAACAAGUGACGAGGGAGGUGACAGUCAAACUUCCGACGGACAUUCUCGCGACACUCACGACGCUGAUGACGAGGACGGCAGGAGCAGCGACUGCACAGCGCAGGACGAGGGCGGUGACGGGGCAGGCGAAGACGACAGAAGCGCGGACGGAAGAGGGAGUUCCCCAUCUCCGGGAAGAACGCGAUGCACGAGGGAACCCGAAAAUGGCGGCGAGGGAGACACAGCCGACGCGCCCUUCAUUGACAGACAACUAGUGAGGCACGACAACGCAGUUAAAAAAGGUAAACAAAAUGUGAUGAAGUUG